AUGGCCCCUUCCGAAGUGUCAAUAUUGGCAAAUUUCCUUCUCUCCCCAUCUCCGCUGCCUACUAUCAUCUCUUUGGAAAAGUUCACGGAGUUAUUCCCCAAACGCCUCCGGUCCCACCCACAGGUAAGGGUCCUAUAUCGAGAAUUGCAACACAUUCGUUCUCAGGACCUUGAUCUCGUCAGGGAGAAUAUUGACAAAGAGAUAUGGAGAGGUGAGAGACAAAGAGAAGCGCUCCGAAGUGCAAAAAGAGCCACUGGGGUAAGUGGAAUGGACAAACACGAUAAACUAGAAACAGAGAUGGACAUCCAGCUUUUCGGCCCAGGAGAGCCUACCAUUUCCCCUAAGGAUAUGCACACCUUGGCUUCCGUUCUACCGGAGAUGGGAAAUGCUUGCUCCUCGAUGGAACGGGAAAUUGAAGCCGCUGAUGCCGAAGCUGCACGUAUUUUUGCGGACCUUUCUUCUACCGUAGGGGAAUUAAGCGAUCUGCGAUAUGGAAAAUUCAACAAGCCUGCUGGUGUUGCCACCAACGCCGUUGAAGAUGCGAUCGCGGGUUUGAAAGAGCUUGAAAAUGCGUGCAGCCCCUCUGCACUUUUCACGACUUUCAAGAUGAUGGGAUUGGGUCGGGCUCUAAUAUAUUUGAAAGUGCACCGUACUAAAAAGGCCGUAGGUAGCACGGAAUAUAGUUACAAGCAACAAUUAAACUCUAGCGAGUAA